CUUUUUGAGCGCUUUGCGAUAGAACCAACCCCAGGGAUACUCUCUGGUUAAACGAAGCCAUGGCUACGGCGAGUGAUAAAGCGCGCUUCUAUCUGGAGCAGCUUGUGCCGGAAUUUAAAGAGUUCGAGAAGAAAAAAAUAUUUUCAAAGGAUGAAAUUUCCGCGAUCCUGAAAAAGCGAUCCGAUUUUGAGCAUAGAAUUAAUGCGACAGGUCCCAAGCCUGCAGAUUACGCCCAGUAUGUCGAGUAUGAGAUGAACCUGGACACGCUGCGAAGAAAGCGGGUAAAACGGCUAGGCGUCAAAUCCCCUAUGCACACAGGUCAGAGACGGGUAUUUUUCAUUCUCGACCGUGCAACGAAGAAGUUCCACGGCGAUAUCAGCCUAUGGAUGCAGUACAUCGAAUAUGCGCGGAGGCAGAAGGCGUAUAAGAAGCUGGGGCGGAUCUUUAUGAACGCGCUACGAUUACAUCCUACAAAGGUCGAACUAUGGAUAUGCGCAGCCCGUUAUGCGCUGGAGGACCAUGGGGAUAUGACACAGGCCCGCAGUUAUAUGCAGCGGGGAUUGAGAUUUUGCAAGAGCUCUAAAUUACUUUGGCUGCAGUAUGCUAAACUUGAGAUGAUAUAUAUCACACGGAUUGCGACGCGGCAGCAGAUCCUAGGUCUAGAUGGUAGUCGAAAAUCUCCGUCGGCGACUGCUGAUGACUCUGCGACGGAUCCGAAUGCGGAUGUUAUUGCCCUUCCAGUUGUGACGGAAGAAGAUAUCAACCCAAGCCUGGAGAAGGAAGAUGGAAUUGACGAGGCAGCUCUUGAAAAUCUCAACUCGACACCAGCACUCACAGGAGCUAUCCCAAUCGCAAUUUUCGAUGCCGCUAUGAGGCAGUUCGGAAACGACACCGCCAUUGGCCAUGACUUUUACACCAUGGUCUCCGAGUUUACGAAGACGCCCUGCCUUCGCAGGGUGCUGAGUCACAUUGUCGAGACGAUGAUGGCAUCAGACCCAAAGAGUUCCCACGCACAGAUAUGCUAUAUUAUGCUUCCCACGGCCGCUAUCGAGAUAACUUCCGCACAAUUCCCACGGGCAUUCGGCACGUCCCUGAGUCGAUUAAAAGAAUGCAACAACCAAAACACCACUGGAAACAAAAGCCUACCGAAGGAGGUUGUCGCCUGGCUGCAACCGUUGGUCACGACAGAGGGCCUCGACCCAGCACUGUGUAAGGUGAUGACGACAACCCUGCGAAAUGCUCAAGGCUCAUUGAGUUGAAUUAUCGUUAUUUGCCUUCAAAUACCCCUGGUAUAUGAUAUAUAGAAAUGAUUCCAAAUGAUCAUCCUAAUUGUAUAAUUCCCAUACUGCCUUCAUAUCCUAGUCAACAGCUGCAUGGAAUGGAAGCUUUUUCUGUUUUCUAAUCGUCAUAGCCGCUUGACCGCCGGUUACUUUUCUUCAUGCUAUGGGCCUUUUUGGAUCGUAUUCUAGAUUCAUUAUUGGCUUUUUCACUGGUGGGGAAUUAGCAAAAAUGUUUUAUUUUGAAGUUUCAAAUAUAACCAAGAAGAGAACCUACAGAGCCUGUAUUUUCUUCCUCUGCUCAGGCGACGUUUCGCCCGGAAUUGCUGUUUUGCCCGCAGUGACCAAGAGCUCCUGUAGCUUUUCAAAACAGAGAUCGAGGUUUUUAGUUUGUUUCCGCGUUUCAUCUGAUUGUAUCACCAGGCUGUCAGAGCGCUCCGCGAUGUAACGUGAAGACCGGAUCUGGGCGUGUAGGGCUCGUGGCACAAGUCGGAGGAUGGACGAGAGGGGGAUCUUAAGCGUAACUUUCGAGUUUACCCUAGGUGGCAAUUAUUAAUAAAAUGAUUCUGGUUUCCUUUCUUCAUCCUUU